CCUUACGCUAAAACAUUGUAUCCUUAUGAAGGUGUAAAUGAUGAUGAGCUUUCAUUUUUAGAUAAUGAAAUUGUUUAUCUGACUAAACAUUAUUCUGGUGGCUGGUCUUUAGGAGAAAUUGAUGGAAAGUCAGGUCUGUUCCCCACCAGUUAUGUGGAAAUAAUAGUA